AUGAUUUUUUAAAAAACAUUUUUUUUAAAGACUAAAAGAAGUUACAAAGAAUAUUGUCAGUUACUAUAGUUAUAUCUAGCUUGACAGCACUUACAUUGGAAUGUCAUAUAGGCGAUUACUACAUUGGGGUCCUAUAAUUACAUUAUUCAUUAUUUUGUCAUUGUUUAUUAUUUCCAUUUUAACAGUGUUACUAUGGUGGUAUCCUAGAGAUUUUGCGGGUAAAAUUAAUUUUGUUUUACUUUUUUUCUGGUUAUUCAACGUACUACGAAAUUUUCUCAAUGCUGUUUGGCUAGGACCUGGAUAUCUUCCAUUUCAAUGGAGACCGAAUGUGGACAGUGACAUUCAGUUCCUUCAGUUUUGUGAUGUUUGUCGCGGUUACAAAGCACCACGUGUUCAUCACUGUAAAACAUGCUCAAGGUGUUCUAUGAAGAUGGAUCAUCAUUGUCCUUGGAUAAACAAUUGUGUUGGUCAUUACAACCAUAAAGCUUUUACACUUUUUCUUAUUUUUGUGAUUUUGAGUUGCUUGCAUGUUACUACUAUUAUAGGGUUUUGUAUAUAUAGCAACUUGUUAUGGAGGCAUGGUCGUAUUUUCAUAACAUAUGAUAAAAACGCUUUCAUUCAAAUGAAUCACGCAGUUAUGCUUAUUUUGUUUUUUGGUUUUGGAAUGUCACUUAGUGUUUUUUUAUCUGUUGCUUUCUUGUUCUAUUUUCAGUUGUUAUCUAUUAUACGCAAUCAAACAGGAAUUGAAACCUGGAUAGUGGAGAAAGCUGAAAAUCGGAACCGAGAAGACAAGUUUAUUUAUCCUUAUGAUCUUGGUUGGUUAAAAAACAUUAAGCAAGUUUUUACGUGGUCUUCUUAUUAUAUAGGUGAUGGCAUUGAUUGGCCAGUUCGUCAAGGUUCCAAUAAACAUGCACUUACUAUAGAGCAACUUCUUCAGAAAGAAAUAAAGAAAGCAAACGCAGUUGAUUAUGUUGCGUGUUCUGUUUAUUCUGGAUAUCGUUUUCCUAUAACCUUAGGUUUAAAGACUUGCUUUGAUAGUCCUUGGAUUGCGGAUUCUAGAAUCCCAUUAAAUAUAGGCGAUGAGUUUCUUGCAACUCGAUGGCGAAAACAUUGGGUAUUUGGAGAAAAGUUACAAAACUCGGCUGAAUCAAAUUUAUCCUCCAAUAAAUAUGCGCUUGAAGUUAAAGGUUGGGUUCCACGUUGCUGUUUGAAAGAUAUAUACGAUAACAAAAAUACAAGUUCACGUGAUAGAAAGUACAAAUAGUUGGAGCUUUGUUUAAAGGAUAUAAGCAAGACUUUAUUGUUUAGCAAACUCUUUUUUAUCAAACCCAAUUCAUGUAAUUCUAUUGUUAGUUAGGUUUAUAUAAAUAAGUAUUUAA